AUGAAAAUGGAAGCAGAUGGACAGAUAUACGCUGCUGAUAUAUCUUCAAUAAAGGAAGCUCAUGAGCGUAUUAAGCCGUAUAUACAUAAAACUCCUGUGCUAACAUCUGAAUCUUUGAAUUCAAUCUCUGGAAGAAACUUGUUCUUUAAGUGUGAGUGCUUUCAGAAAGGAGGAGCUUUCAAAUUCCGUGGAGCUUGCAAUGCUGUUAUGUCUCUUGAUGCAGAACAAGCAGCCAAAGGUGUUGUAACACACAGCAGAUUCUGUAUACUAUAAAAGAUUAUUGCUAUAUUCAUAUGUGCUUAUAGGUAAUGAUAGACAUAACAGUGAUUUUGGUAUUUGAUGAUUUACUUUUCUACUAGUGGAAACCAUGCUGCUGCGUUGUCUUUAGCUGCAAAGUUGGGAACAGUAUUCAUUGAAAACAAACAGCACGAUGUUAUGCAGCCAAAUUAAAGAACGUUGCGCCGUGGAUUCUGAGCAUUCACUACAUAUUAUUUGAGAAGUAACAUUAUUGAAAAUAACUGAUUUGUCAACACUACAGUCAAAGUUUGUGCUUUUAAUUAAUGACAUGUAAAUGUGUCAUGUCAAACUUUCUAAAAUAAAUGAAAUGUUU